AUGAAGCACACGAGGGUGACUGUGCUGCUUCUAAUGCAAAGCAUGAUAGCACAGGCUACAGCCGCAGUGACAGCAACACAAGAGACUCCUCUUCUCAGUACAUUGUUUCAGUAUCUGACUCAGCCUAGCAAGACGACUGGCCACCUGCACACUACCCCAAAGCUAUUUGCCAAUGUGUCUGGCUCUCUGGAUGACCAUGGAACUUGUCAGUGCUCUGUGUACUUGCCAGAUACCACCUUUCCUGUGCAGAAGGCUGAGCUAUUGGAAAAGAUAGCCACAACGCUUUCGGAGAAAUUUGAGAGAGAACUUUCUCAAGUUAGGGAGUACACAAAAAUGAUUGAACUGUAUCAACAGAAAAUCCUUAAUCUAACCAUCAGAGUGGAAUAUAUGGAGAAGAGCAGCAUAUCUUACACAGAGCUGGACUUCCAGUUACUUAAAGUGGAAAUCAGUGACCUGGAGAGACUGGUCACUCAGCUGAAAUCCAGUCUUGUUGGUAGCAAUGUUAUCGUUGAACAAAUAUAUUUGGAGAUCAGAAAUCUGACUAUCCUGGUAAAUGAACUAGAAUCACUGGACAAAAACAAUAUCCUUGCAAUUCGACGACAAAUUGUGUCUCUGCAGAAUCGAUUGAAAGAGUGUGAAGAGGGAACAAACAAAAUUACAGUACCCCCUUACUUCCCACCAGGUAGCUGCAUUCACCGUGGACUGCUGAAUGUUAGCCAGCCCUAUGUUGUAAAGCUGAACUGGAGAGGAUUUUCCUACAAAUAUGGUUCCUGGGGUAGAGAUUACUCUCCUUCUAACCUAGAGGAGGAAGUCUAUUGGGUUGCACCAUUGAACACAGAUGGGAGAUACUUGGAAUAUUAUAGAAUUUAUAGUUCCUUUGAUAAUUUGCUGCUGUUUAGACCAACGUAUGAAAGUAGAAUAACAUAUGGGCAAGGCAGUGGCGCUGCUCUUUAUAAUAAUUUUUUGUACUAUCAUGCUUAUAGUUCAAGAGAUAUGGUCAAGCAUAAUUUAAAAACAAACACCAUGGUUUUGAGGAAGACACUUCCAAAUGCUGUUAUUGGUAACCGUUUCUCUUAUGCGGGUGUAACAUGGCAAGACAUAGACUUUGCUGUGGAUGAAAGUGGGUUAUGGGUAAUAUAUUCAACAGAAAAUAGCAUGGGUAACAUCGUGAUUAGCAAACUCAAUGAGACCACACUUGAUGUGCUAAAUACUUGGCAGACAAGACAGUACAAACCAUCUGUUUCUAAUGCUUUCAUGAUAUGUGGUGUUCUGUAUGCCACAAGGACAAUGAACACUAGGAAAGAAGAAAUCUUCUACAUGUAUGACACAAGUACUGGCCGAGAAGGUACUAUUAGUGUUGUUAUGGAUAAAAAAUUAGAUACAAUCCAGAGUAUCAAUUAUAACCCCACAGAUCAAAGACUGUAUGUUUACAAUGAUGGUUAUCUUCUAAGAUAUGAUCUCGCCUUUCAACUUUAGUAUCUCAAUGAUACAACCACGUGGUAAAACUGGGCAGCAGCUAAAAUAAGAGAUCUAGUAUGCCUUUAGUCAAUGCUAAUGCCAAUGUAGGGUUCAUCUGGUCUGAUGAACCGUAUCUGCUGGGUGUUAUAUAUAUUACUUUGAUUAGUUUCCUUAAAGGAAUAGCCCACUCUUAUCAGUACUAUUGCCGGCAGUAGUGUUUGGCAGUACUGGAUUCUUCCGGUUUUGAUUGGUGUUUAUUGGUGCUUGGUGCAUUACAAGUAUCUUGCCUCUAAGAGUAGAUUUAGUGCAUAGAUUUAGUGCAUUUUGUUUACAGAAAUUGAUGGGCACAGCUUGUCCACUGACCGAGAAGCUAAUUACCCAGAAAUGUGCAUUUGUCAGUGUUAUACAGGCAAGGCACCCAGAAAAUGAAAAUGAAUUCCCACUGAUCUUCAUCAGAGUAAAUUGAGGUCUCAGAGAAAUUAAUAGAGGGAUUAUAACCGUAUAGGAAGUAGGACUUGGUCUGAAGAGAGCAGACUAUUUUUUAGGUUAGAAAAGUAAUGGCUGGCUCUAGGGUUCAGGAGAGGGGGUAGAAAUGCAAUUUGUUGUCUGAAGUCCUACCAUGUGGAGGGGAGAGAAGGCAUUGGGGCAGGGACAAAGUGCAGGGCUGAAAGCACCCGUAUUGCUGCCCAUCCUGUCGCUGAUGCAGUGGGACGGUUGCCCCUGGGGUAGCCCUUUCCCACCUGCAGCUGCCUCCCCACCACUCAGCUGUAUCCUGAGCGGGCUUCUUGGAGUGACUGCAGAGGUAGAGCUGGCAGCAGGACUUUCACCCUCUUUUGUUUUGUUGCACUCUGCUGCCUUAAGCAAUUCCUUGUGCCUAGACCUGGCCUUAUGCAUGGCCUUAUUGCAAGCCAUGUUUUGUAGUCACCAUGGCUCCAUUCUCCUGGCAGUAGGAUGCAGGAAACACUGUUUUCCUUUCCUUUAUGCCCUUGUAAGCUGAUCCAAAUCCUUCUGUUGACUUCUGUGGUCACAGGCAGCUCUUCGGUGUAUAUCAUGCUCUGCCGUAGAAUGACAGCUGUGUUAUUUAAUGUGCCUCUAUUCACCAUUUUUGCAAUUCUGUAAUUAGAUUCCUGAGAGCCUUGUUAGUGUAAGAUCCAAUUCAUUCCUUGUGUAAUUCCAUCUUAUAGCAAGAUAAAUGUCAUUUCAGAAAGCAGAAGUCUGGUCAAACUAGCUGGAUAUGUGUUUGUUUUUUGAAUGGCUAGUGUAUAAUUGUUUCUGAGUGUGUGUACUCUAUCCAUGUGUUACCUUCAUCAUGUCAGAAAGCAAACUAAAAUAACAUAAUUCUGAGCUAUACAAUGAUGAAAAAAGCAGUUUUCAUUGUUCAUUUUCUUCUGUUACCCUGCAAUCAUGUUUGUGUCUUCUGAUAAUCAAAAGCAAUGCAGGCGCAAAUGAUUACUUCCUGCCUAAUAAACAAAUCUUUAAAAGAA